GUACGUAAUUACAGAGAUAAGAAAAUUGGGGUUUCCCGGUUCCAUGUACUCCUAACUCCAAUCUAAAUUCCAGCCCUGUCUCUGUCAAGCUUCAAUUUUGAUUCCAUUAAUCAAGAUUUCCCUUAAUUGGGUUUCAAUGGCUGCUAACGACAACGUUGCUGGAGUUGAUAACACUUUCAGAAGAAAAUUCGACAGAGAAGAGUAUUUAGAACGAGCUCGUGAGCGCGAAAAACAGGAGUCAGAUAGCCGAGCUAAAUCGAAAUCAAAGGGUCCUCCAGUGCAGAGGAAGCCUUUGAAGCAUAGGGACUAUGUAGUGGACCUUGAAUCUCGAUUGGGUAAAACUCAGGUUGUUACUCCAAUAGCUCCUUUAAGCCAACAGGCUGGAUAUUACUGUUCUGUUUGUGAGUGUGUUGUAAAGGAUUCUGCCAACUACUUGGAUCAUAUCAAUGGAAAGAAACAUCAAAGAGCUUUGGGAAUGUCAAUGCGGGUUGAACGAGCAUCUCUUGAUCAGGUACACCUUCAGAGGUCCGUGAGCGCUUUGAAGUGCUCAAGAAGCGGAAAGACCCUAGCAGCUUCACAGAGCAAGAUCUUGAUGCGCGAAUCAGCAAGCAGCAGGAAGAGGAGGAGGAAAGGAAACGUCAACGUCGAGAAAGAAAGAAAGAGAAGAAGAAAGAGAAGGAGGUGGAAGAGGAAACUGAAACUGAUCCUGACAUUGCAGCUAUGAUGGGAUUUGGCAGUUUUCAUUCAUCGAAAAAGUGACUACGCUUGAACUUUUAUUUGAAAUAGUCUUAUUAUUGAUUAGCAAUGCUGUAAAAGAAUCAUAGGUUUCUGAGCUUGUCCAAACUGUAACCUUUUUCAUACCCAAAGAGUGUAUACUAUUGUGGUUGCAAUUUUAACAUUCCUAUUAUUAGUUGCCGCAAA